AAUAUAUUUAUCGUGCUCUCUCAUUAUUUGAUAUAACACACCACAUACCGACAUACAGCACAAUGGCAGUUGCAGAAGUUGCCCCGCUCUCUCUGGAGGCAGACCAAGAGACUCAAACCAUCACCCUCUCCCACCACAACGCUCCCCAGACUCUCACCCUCCCCGUCUCAGCGACAAUCGCCGACCUCUCCGCCGCCGUCUCCUCGGCCCUCUCCGUCCCCGCCACAAACCAAAAAUUCAUGAUCCCAAAGCUCGGCCUCCUCAAACCGCCCUUCAAAGACCCCGCCCUCCCAGUCUCCUCCUUCGCCGCCGCAAAAAUAACCCUCAUGGGCGCCACCACCACAGAGCUACAAUCCCUCAACGAAGCCCGCGCCGUUGCUGCACGAACCUUCACGCGCCCGAAACCGCGACAGACGGCACAGGCCUAUAAAACACACGACUGGAAGCGCGAACAGGAGGAGAGCCAGUACACCUUCGCCACCCUCCGCCCGCUACCCUACCUCCCCAACCCCUCGCGCUCGCUGGCCUUCCUACAACGCCUUAAGAAUGAUGCGGGCAUCAAGGCUUCGAUGCGGCGGCAUAAGUUCUCGGUGCCGCUGUUGACGGAGAUGAACCCCGUGGAGCACACGACGGCUUCGAUGGACGGGGUGUCGCGCACGCUGGGGCUGAAUCGCAAUCGUGGGGAGGUGAUUGAGUUGCGUCUACGCACAGAUGCAUAUGAUGGAUACAGGGACUACAAGACGAUUCGGCGGACGCUUUGCCACGAGCUGGCUCAUAAUGUGUGGAGUGAUCAUGACCGCAAUUUCUGGAACCUAUGUCAUGAGAUUGAGAAGGAGGUUGAGAAGGCGGAUUGGAAGACAGGCGGGGAUGUAGUAGGAAACGAGAAAUAUUAUGAGGGUACUGGUGGAGGAUUUGGUGAGGUGGAGGCGAAGGAUGAGGGGGGUUGGACGGGUGGUGAGUUUGUGCUUGGUGCCGCGACGGGGACUGAGGGGGUCGGCGGGCCGGAAAGGGGGGAGGCAGGGUUGAGUCGAAGGGAGGUGCUUGCGAGAGCCGCCGAGGAGAGGAUUAAACGGCAGAGAGAGCAGGAGAAUGGCGGGGAGGGCCCGAGUAGGCCGUGA